AUGCUGUACAUCGAGGAGCUUCGUGGAAAGCUGCUGGCUGGUGCAAACGCUCUGUUCUGGCUUAAUGUACUGCAACCGAUGGUACAUCCUGCGUAUUUAUCGAGACAAGAAGCCCGAGAAGUUUUGCUGUUGCUAUUGGAGGAGCUUAGAAAUGCUGACGGUGUUUGCGAGCUAGAACCGCUGUUUCAAGGCGUGAGUACGUUAGCGCUCUGUGGUCACGAGAUUGCUGCAAAUGAGGCUUUGCAGCUGCUAGCAGUCUUUGCUAAGCAAAAUACAGUAUUUGUAAACAAAAGAGGGCUACACCCAUGGGGCUCUCCAUCGUCACCUCUGUGGGUCUUCUUGCUCCGCUGGAAAUUUCAAGCGCAAGAGAACUGCCUAAAGCAUUUUGUGAACGGUUUCGUAGCCGUUCAUUAUGCUGAUAAGAGACUGGCACAUGGUAGUUGA